GUAAGGUUUGCGUCGGGCGUUGCAUUUAGAAGUGUUGUUUGUUUUUUAUAUGUUCGCUGACUAGCCAUUAUUCAGUGCGCCAGUAACACUCAUUCUAUCUACUAGCGUCUGAAACUACUGAGCUGUUUAUAUCAAUCUAACUUUCUGCUUGUCUUUGACAUUGUUUCAAAGAUUGCAGGCUGAAUUCGCUUUGCAAUGAUGAAAGCGAGAUUUACCCCUUGAAUUAAGCUAUUUUGUGAUUUCAUCUCAGUUUCCAAUCUUUCCUAGAUUCAAGAUUAGGUUUUGUGGAGUCAAGUUUAAGGUAACGUUUGGAUAAGUUGCGUUUAUCGAUAUAUAUGAGGAAUGUAUCUCUAAACAUUUCAUUUAGUAUAAAGAGCGAUGAGUGUUUGAUCACUUAUUCCAAAAGACCUCAUCCUACUAAUAUGCCCGGCACCGGGGUGUUUGAUGCAAUACCAAUUCUGUUUCCUUAUAAGAAUUUGGACAGCUAAUAGUUCAAAUGGUUGGACAUGUAAAAAGCCGAAAACUUAUUGGAGCACUUCAGUAAUAUGUUUUUGGUAAACACUGAUACACAGAUGUUAAGUAAAUUUCACGUAUAUGAUCUCUUUACUCUUUUUUUUAUCUCGGGUGGUAAAGUGGUGCAUACGUCCCAGGGUAGGACUAAACUUUAGUGAUAAGAAGCCUCAAGAACUACUGAUUAGGUUGUAGGUGCUAUAUUCAAGGCCAUUCCCUUAAUUCCACCCACUAUAUCGAUGUUGUGUAAGCUGUUGAUGAAUUAUGGCAUAUUUCAUGUUGUCAGCCAUUUGCAGAGAGUUAAAUUGAUUGCGAUAGGUCUAAAUUGUGAAUUUGGUAUCGCAAUUAACUGUGUACCUAACAUUGAUAAAACAUAUGGUUUACUCUUCCAUUGUUCCGGCUGUUACAAGAAAAAAUCUUUGGGGAGGGACUACACUGGAACACCUGUAAUAUCGACAGGAGCUGUUUGAGGUUUCAGUAAAGUUUCUUCAGUGCAGUGGUAUCAGCGCUGCAGCGAUGUUUUCUUGAAAAUAAUAUGCAUUUUAGAUGUGAGUUUUUGAGUAGGUAAUUUGGUAAAAAUAGAUGAAUGUCUUGUUGGCAAAAGUAAAUUUAGCCGGGACAGAUGACAAUCUGGGCUGGGUAGGUUACAUACAUAGGUAUUGACAGAUCGCAGAUUUUUGGUGUAUACGAUCAAAAUACGAAUAAAGGACAUUUUCUAUGGAUAACGAAAGCGUCAGCAGAAUCUGUCCAACCAGUUUUUGAAAAAUGGGGAGUUGAGUACGGGAGUAUAUACAGAUGAUUGAAUAUCUUACGUAUCGCCGUCUGAGACUGGUUAUCCCUAUUAAGUUGUUCACUAGAAGCACUUCGUUGAUCUAAGAAAUGGGUUGCACAUACACAAAGUUGGAAAAUAUGGAGUCGUCUUUGAAAGUUUUUAUGACCUGGUCACGAAAGACAAUAUAGUCUCAUAUAGAUGAGUGGCAAUAUAGACAAUUGUAUGGUUUCAAGGAUGACAAACCUAUUGAAAACCCAGAUAUCUGUACUUCGUAAAACAUUUACUAAUUGUAAGUAAAAUAUCAUUUGUCUCAAUGAAUACUUUGUUCUUCAUACACUCGAUUCUGAUUGUACCUACUCAAACGUGAUUAACCAUCAGUAAAACUAAGUUCUACCGAUUACAGGAUAACCUGAAGCCUAAUAAGUCUCCCGGUCUUGGAGGUGUGCACCUUAAGAUGUUUCUGACUAUGGCUGACAUUAUGCAUGAACCAGUCACAAAAAUAUUUAAUGAAUGUAUCCCAGGUUUGGUUACAUAAAGAAUCGAAAGGUGCUCCAUUUUCGAGGAUGAUAGUAGGCAACUAGCUGCAAACUUUCACCCUGUCAGCUUGACCUGUAUAGUCGUGAAAGUUCCGAAGAAAAUAAUUAAGGACAAAUUACUAGAUCAUGUUGAAACAAAGCUAACUGACACAGGUGAAACAUGGCUUCCGAUCCUGUCUAACGAACUUACUUUUAUCCAUUAAAGAAUUGGUUGAAGCAGAAGAUAACGAACUGUUUGUUGGUAUGGUGUUUAUUAAUUUUACUGAUGCAUUUGAUAAUAUGUUCAACUGUGACUUGCUGCAAAAGUCUGCGGAUUUCGUUAUAAACGUCAUCAUACAAGAGUAGUUUAGGACUAUCUGAAUAAUAGAAGCUGACGAGUCAGAGUAUUAUUAUCUGAGUGGAGACAAGAUACUAGUAGGGUUUCCGAGGGCACCGUACGACGAUUUCUUUCGUUUCUUCUGUAUACAUAGAUUAUCAGGUGCGCUUAAGUCAUCCUCUUUAUUUGGAGGGUUGUUAAUCACAAUAAAGAUAAGCUAGCACUUUUGACCAGAAUCGAGGAACUGACCGAAAUGUUUAAAGGUUGGGGUGUGGGAAGCAACUCCAGUAAAAGCGUAGUAGUCAGGACUCUUACUACCCUUGCUCAAUAGGUGGGUCAAUAUUCUCUUGUGUUAGGGAACAGACGCCGUACUGGAGCUGGAUAACAGCAAGCUCGAGAAACCAGAAAGGUUUCAGACCUAGACGAGAGUGCACUGAUCAUAUUUUCACCCUCCGGCAGGCCUAGCUACCGGCGGCCGGCACUCGCUAUAUUUGCUGGUCGAAAGCCGGCAUUUGACUCUGUGAAGCGUAAAGAGUUGUGGUAGUGUCUGACUGUGAAAGAAGUACGGGGCAAGUAUAUGACGCUAAUCAAAGCUCUAUGCUCGAACUCACGCAUCUCUGUUAGAGCUUAUGGAGGGUUAUCAUCAGAAUUGACGACAACUAUGGGUGUCCUCCAGGCAUGUGCACUAUCAUCGUUCCUACUUACUUUCGUCAUCAAAAUCAACAUAGGAUCAGGCAUUACUGCGUAACGGUCCAGGUUCUCACACCUCAUAUCAGCACAUCAAGUAACAAGGCGAUAAAAUGGAAAGGGAGGAAAUGCGAUCAAAAGAGGUAGAAAGUAGUAAAAGAGAGAAAGGAGAAAUGAGAAAGUGUGAUUAAGUGUAGAGGUUAAGAUGAAGACAAUGUGUGCAUACAUCUGCGCCACUGACAUCGGUUCUGAGCUAUAUCACUUAGAGUCGCCAACCCCUAGUUUAUCUCGUCCCAUGGACCCCAGGAAGCUAGUCUGCAUCGCCUGACAUUGCCCAAACGAACAGUCAAGAACUUUAUGCAUUGGUGCCAUGUUUUAGUCUAGGCGUCCCGAGCCUUUUCCCACCCCGAACCUACUUCGGCCAACAUUGUGCGACGAGGCAGAUGUUGGCUAUGCACACGUAAUACAUGUCUCAGCCGAUGAAGGUUCACAACCUCAUCAACUGACAUUCCUUUUUUACCUUAAACUCCAUACCUGACUUCUAGGUUACUGACGUCAUGGCAUUAUGACACGCUGUUUGUGCUGUGAAGGUAAUGAUGGCCAAACACCUGAAGAUUUCUCAUAUCAUCUUCGUUUAAUGGUAAGAAAUUGCUAACUAGUGUCAAACGUACUAGGUAGUGUAUGGGAAUCAAAAGUAGUCCCAUCAGACUUUUCUAUACGAAGAGGGAGACGUUUUCCUUUGACAACCUUCGGGAAAUUAAUUUGACUAAAAUCGUGUCCAAGAUCUUGGGAUCCAUAGGUAUACAAUGCCUAACCGAAGCAAAACAACCAAAGUUUAGGAAAGAGACAAGUUGUAGACCUGGACAAGAGGAUGUCAGUUAGUCUUUCAUCAGUCGACAGGUGUUAGAAAACAGAUAUAUAUGGGUGGCCCAUACUUGUCAGAUUUCCCAACGUUUUGCGGUUUCCAACUUUGUCGAUCUUGAGGUGUUGUGUUAGUGUCUGAUAGUGAAGAGAUUACCAAGCAAUUAUAUUAUACAAGUCGAGAUUCCUUACUCGAACCUCUGCAACCGUGUAGUGGCCUAUAAGGAUUUAUUGGUUCAGGUAGUGACAUCCAUUGGUGUCCGCCAAGAAUGACCUCUGUCACCAUCCAUGUUUUACUUUGCCAUGGAUGUGCUAAUUGACAUAACCCUAGGUACCUCUAACUAAUACUCUGCAGAAAACGUUUAGUUGACUUGAAGUUUGGAAACAGAAUGGUUGUGUUAGAUGGAGACCCAGGCGAAACACGGUUUUCUGGACGUAUUGAGCAGCAAUUUUAGUAUUUUUGGCAUGUAUCUCGCAAGUGUAAAAUGUUGUUUCAAUAUUAAUCUGCAGCUACUUCCAGUUUAAGGAUGGUUAGUGAAGUGAUAGAAUGCGUAGACCACUUGACUUAUUUAAAGAGGUUGCAUCAACCUGAAUGGGUCGGUUGUCGAAGAAAUGUGAUCUUGAAUACAAAAGUCAUGUUUGGCAUUUGCAGACUUGAAUCAUUCUUGGCACCGACUGGCGAGAUAUCCGACGGCCUAUUAAAGGAGGAGUAUAGUAUACUGUAGUCCAUUCUGUACAAAUUUAUGGCUAUGCGUGGUAGGCUUUGAUAGUGAAUGUGGAGAAGUUACAGGUUCCUGACUACCGAUGUUUUCGUAGCGCUUCUCAUAUGUGGUGAAAUCACUACAAAGGAGAUGGUAAGGUAGGGGAGGAGCAAUAUGUCGGGUAGACAAGUUAAUUAAUGAGGUUGCUAAACUUAAACAUGUGCUCCACAGGCCGAUGCGUCGUCUACCUCGAUCCGAGUUCUUAACUUAAGUAGGAUUUGGUUGGAACAAGAAGGUCAAUGGUAGUCAGACCAAGACUUGAAGACUUUGUCUAAUGAUCUGAGCCAUGUAGGUAUUAGAGGUUUCCUGACUGGGGUUCCUAAGACGAUAAGAAUCAAUCCUUGAAGACUCUUGGUGAUAUAUCUGAUGAUCAACCACAAUGGCGUAGUUGUUCACGCCCUCUUUCGCCUUCAAGUUUUUGAACACUUUGUUGACGCUUAUCUAUUUCUUCUCGUAAAAGUUCGGCUACCUCAAAAGGAUUUUUUCCACUGACUUCCUGCAUGCGGUUGUAAAGUCUGGCCACUUAAACGGAUGCACAUCUGUUCCAGUUCUAUUCGUGUAUCGUUCUUAUGAAGCCAUAUUUAUUUUGUGACUCAGUAGCCUGAAGAGUUAGUGAAUAUAACCUAAGUCAAAGGUGGUAGUUAUUAUGAACAGUUAUAAAUGUGGUAAGAGCUUCUUUAGUGUAUGCGACGUUUCUCUUUCUGAUCCUUCUAUAGUUCUCUCUAAACCAGUGAGCUACAGAUCCACACAAAAAGAGGUAAUGCAUCAUGAUACUGCAGUCAACUUUGAACAAUGUUGUCAACAGUUGUCUUUCAGUGAUUGUCGUCGAUAAUUGUUCGCUUUACAAAAAUUGACAAAAGUUUCUCAUUAAUUUUUUUCUUUUAAAGUUUAGGAUUUCAUAAAGCACUAUACUUCUGUCAUGUUGAGAAUAUGUCGUUGGUUGACGAAAUGCAAGUUAUUGGGAACUGACUUAGCACCUAGAUUUUAUUGUGAUAAAAGGCGCUGGCUAUUCAAUGAAUGUGAUCUAUGCGAGAUGUUCGUUCGAGGAUGGGGCCCUGGCGGUCAGUCAAUUAAUACAACAGCGAAUUGUGUUGUUUUAAAACACAAUCCUACAGGUAUUGUAGUCAAAUGCCAGGACAGUAGGGAGUUAGAACGAAAUCGUGAAUUGUCUCGUCGUAGACUACAUGACAAAUUGGAUAUACUUUUCAAUGGAAAGGAUAGCAAAACUGAACAAAUUCGUCAGAGAAAAAAAUCAAAGGAACUGCAACGUUAUUUAAAGUCUAAAAAACGUCUUGCUGCAAAAUCGGCCUUUAAAGAGCGUGAAGGUCUCUCAAAUAAAUUGUCAAAUAAUAAUGAUGGUGAUAAUAAUAGUAACGCAUCCGGUGGCCAAGAAAACAUUUGAUUGCUUAUUUAAUCAUAGAUUCGCACUUCUUUUUCUCACGUCUUGUCUUCGUACCUUCUACAUAGUCAAGUAUUUUUAACAAUUAAGUGCAUCAUUAAUGACCUUUUCGUCCUGUA